ACGGGACGCAGAGGCGGAGAGUGCACGCUCGCAGACCCGGCGGUAUUAAACGGUUGUGAGCGGAGCGUUCUGGUGAUCGUCCUAGGUCUCAGGCUCUCGCCGCUGCGGCAGCCCGCUCUCUCUGUCAAGCCUAGGCCGGCUGCUCCUCUUCCUUCACUUCGCCUCUAGCCGCGUCCUUGCGACUCCGCCACCAUGUUCGAAGCGCGCCUGGUCCAGGGCUCCAUCCUGAAAAAGGUGCUGGAGGCGCUUAAGGACCUCAUCAAUGAGGCCUGCUGGGACGUCAGCUCGAGCAGCGUGAACCUGCAGAACAUGGACUCGUCCCACGUCUCUUUGGUGCAGCUCACCCUGCGGUCUGAGGGCUUCGACACGUACCGCUGCGACCGCAACCUGGCCAUGGGUGUGAACCUCACCAGCAUGUCCAAGAUACUAAAAUGUGCUGGCAACGAAGACAUCAUUACCCUAAGGGCUGAAGAUAAUGCGGACACCUUGGCACUAGUAUUUGAAGCUCCAAACCAAGAAAAGGUUUCAGACUAUGAAAUGAAGUUAAUGGAUUUGGAUGUUGAACAACUUGGAAUUCCAGAACAGGAGUAUAGCUGUGUAGUAAAGAUGCCUUCUGGUGAAUUUGCGCGUAUAUGCCGAGACCUCAGUCAUAUUGGAGAUGCUGUUGUAAUUUCCUGUGCAAAAGAUGGAGUGAAAUUCUCUGCCAGUGGGGAACUUGGAAAUGGAAAUAUUAAGUUGUCACAAACAAGUAAUGUCGAUAAAGAAGAGGAAGCUGUUGCCAUAGAGAUGAAUGAGCCAGUCCAGCUAACUUUUGCACUGAGAUAUCUGAACUUCUUUACAAAAGCUACUCCACUGUCUCCUACAGUAACGCUCAGUAUGUCUGCAGAUGUACCCCUUGGUAAGAUAAUUUGUUAAAUCUUGUUUUGUUUAGUUUUUUAA